UCAGGUGUCACCACUGGCUUCUUUAUAAAAGAGCAUAAUCUGAAGAGGUGAGCAGACUCCUGGAGACCGACCGUAAUCUCUGUUAAUUCCCUACAUUCACUCAGAGACCUCACCUUGAGCAAUGCGAUUCAGUGUGUUUUUUUUCCUCCUGUUCCUCAGUAUCCUCUACUUCAGCCUGGCACAAGGCUCGUAUGAGGACUGCUGCCUUACCUAUGUAAAGGAGAUUAAACCAUCCACCAGGAGAAAAGUGGAUUAUUACAGAAGACAGGAGCAGGAUGGAGGAUGUAAUCUUCCUGCAAUAGUGUUCAAGCUGAGGCGAGGUCGGCUCUUUUGCGCUAGACCAGGGGAGAAAUGGGUGCAGGACCUCAUAAAAGAGGUCGACAAAAGGAGGAAACAAAAUCCAUCAAAUAAACGCAAUAAACACAGCAAACACUGGCACUGAGAACCUAAAAGCUCUAGAAAGACUUCUGUGUCCAGUUUGUGAUCCAAGAAUUGUGGUUCCACCCACUGUCUUCGAUGAGCUUUGGUGUGCUGGCUACCCUGCGUCCAUUUCAGCCAGGACGCAAUGGUCUUUUCAGUACUUCCUGUAUGUUGCUGCUAUUACCAUCCUAUACUUAUCUUCCUUGAUGUUUUUUUUUUUCAUUGCCUAUGGCUGAGUGCACAGGUCCGGCCAUGCAUGUGCGAGCAGGAAGGAUACGACCUAGUAAAUGAAUGAUAAAAAGCAUCUAAAUGGUAUUUUUAUGGCUAGUGCUUUCACAACACACCAUACAUUUUAUAAACACUUUAUAAUCCACACUAUAAUCGAAAUGUCGGUGGAACAGUUUUUCAGCCUAACCAAAUAUUCUGCCAUUUCCUUAUGAGAUUAUAGUGUGUCUCACAUAAAGUUGAACCUGUUGAACUUAUGUGUAUAUUUCAUAUUGUGUGAUGUUUAAAUAAACAUAAUCUACAUUUAUUAAAUUCAUCCAUUUUAAUUACUUUAAAUGUAUUUUUAUCCAUGAUUAGCUAUGUAAUGCUUUACUAUUUGUUUAAUUUUCAAAGAUUAUCUAUGGGAAGUAGCUACUUCAAGGUAAUAAAGUAAAAAGGAAAUGAAUUUUUACUGUCAGUUUUGAGUUCGGUUAGAGUUUCUGAAAACAAUAUGAUUGUCACAUGUAUUACUUCUGGUACUUUCACUUUUAACAAUCUACCUUUUGAAAAAAAAUUUUUUGUAUUGUAACAAUAAUGCUGUAAAUGUUUGACUAUUGCUGAGUCACAGUUAAUUUGCUAUGAGAUAUUCUUUUGAGGCUAUCACUGCUGCUCUUCUGAUAAAGUAUUUUACUAUUAUAAUAAUACUAUCAUUGUAUCAUAAUACUAUCAGUGUGUGACUUUUUGUUGACAGUUAUCAUGUGUGGCUGAAGAAAUACAUCUUAGACAUGUUAGAGCAGUAUCAGCCUUUUUAUGUGAAAUUCCUGAGAGAGGCUAAGAGGUAAAGACCUACUCUAUGUAUAUAAUAUAUUACAUCGUGCUAUAUCAUCUCAUUACUGAAAAUGUGAUGUUUAAAGUGAUGGAUAUAUAAAUAGCUAAAUGUACAAGCUUAUGUGAUUAUGGAUAUAUCUGAGUCUGAGAUGCUGAACCAACGAACUGAUUAUUACCAAGGCUGACAGUAUGUGUGUGUGAAAAAGAAAGUGUAUCUAACCUGCAUAUCUAGGUGUGACUCAAUACGCUGACUUGUAUGCCCUAAGCAGCAAAUAAAAAGCUCAAAGUCCA